GCUCCUGGUCCAAACGAAAGAGCCGGAGGAACUGAUAUCCUGCUUCACCGUUAACACUCGGUCUCUGUGUUAUAAAUUAAUCCCCGGGAAAACAGCACAAUGUCUGAAGAGAAGCCAAAGGAGGGAGUGAAGACGGAGAACGACCACAUUAACCUCAAGGUAGCUGGUCAGGAUGGCUCAGUUGUACAGUUCAAAAUCAAAAGGCAUACUCCCCUCAGCAAACUAAUGAAGGCGUACUGCGACAGACAGGGAUUGUCACUUCGUCAGAUAAGGUUUAGGUUUGAUGGACAGCCGAUUAACGAAACAGACACACCUGCACAGCUGGAGAUGGAGGAUGAGGACACUAUUGAUGUAUUUCAACAACAGACAGGAGGAGUCUUUUCUUAAGUUGGAUGUGGACUCUUGGAAGAACAUCCCCCAUCAUUAUUUUCAUGUCGUAUUUGUUUUUACUUUAUUCUUUUUUCCUCCACUGUGCUUGGUCAGGCUGUACACAACAUAAAAGAAGUAAGAUGGUUUUUCAUUUGGGGCUAAAUCCUAACUUUGAGAUGCAGGGUAAUUUUUUAAAAAGUGUUUUAUUCACAUAAAUGGAUGAUUUGAAAUUGUCCAAGGCAGGGACACGUCUCAGAUCAGAUCUGGCUCGUAAUGAAAAGAAACCACUGCGUUCUUUUUGAUGUUGAAUUGAAAUGACCUCAUGCAUGUCUCAUAAACCAUAAGCUGAACUACAUGCCAAAAUCUUUUUUUUUUUUUCUUUUAUCUUUUUGUUUAAGUUUUCCAAAUUGUCGUGAGCAUUUAAAUUCAGGGUGGGCUCGACUAUUUUUAAAUCGUGUACUUGAUAGGAUAGCUAUGGAGGAAAUCUGCCGGAUGGGAGCCUGUGGUUUCUCUCUGUAGAUGGGAAUGACAUUAUGACAUAUUUCUCAUGUAAUAAACUUUUAAUAGUCUUUUUUUUUUUCCUUCUUCUUUUUUUAAAUGGAACAUUCAAAAUAAUUUGGUGUAUCCAUGCCCAAGAAAACAAUGCUUGUGCCGAGAAAGAUCCAUAUGAAUGAGUUACCUCAAUACUGUCACCCUCGACUCAAUGGUAAAUAAAGUACAGUAAUGUUUCUGGACCAAAAAGCUAAAUGAAUAGUGUUCUUUUAUAAAGGGGUUUGGUUAAUAUAUAACAUGUCGAUGUAAAGGGUUACCGUGACUGUAACAGUGGUCUUUGUUGUUGCACAGCAGAAGAACCGUUCUCUCAGUGUGUACAUUGAUUUCUCUCCACCCAUUCAGGACUUAAGAAUAAAACUAAGUCACCUUUACCAGUGCAGAUAUUGAGUGUCUCAUAUAUAUGUCACCCAGUGUAUAGGCGAAUAUUGAGUCAAUGCUGUAUUGCCAAUUUGAAUACAUUUGUCCAUAAUAUAUCCAAACAGAUGCUUAGUUUGUUUGAUUCUUGUGUGUUGGUAGAAAUCUUGUUUUAUAAGAAAAUUCACCUUCAUUUUAAAAAACUUAACAUUUGUUAGAUUUGCAGGGCGACAUUGACAGAUAUCCCCCACUUUUUUUUUUUUUUUUAUUUGUACAUUUGUUGUCCCUAUACUGUAUACAAUAAAUAUAGUUUGAUACUCAGCCUCUUGCAUUAUAUAUUCCCUUCCACUUGUGUGGACCUGCUAUGAAAUGCACAAUGCAGGGUGAAUGCUUUGAAAUAUUCACAUCUUGGGUGUAAAUAAACAUGCAACUGUUAAA